CCACCUGCGAUGCUCCUGGACGCGGCGGCAGCUUCUCUUUCGCUUCUCUUGGCGGGGAAAACUUUGCUGCCUUUUCAGAUGUGAUUUUCAGCCGUGCGUCAUUCUUUUUUUUUUCUGGGUCCCGUGCGCGUCUCCUGAGCGAAGCGCACCGUCAUGGCUUAUCCUCAGGGUUUCCUCUUCCAGCCGUCUGUCUCUCUGGCUCUGCACUCCUGCCCGUCCUUCAGCUCCGGGGUGAUUUUAGGACCGAGGACGGAGGAGCUCGGCCGCUCCUCUUCGGGCUCGGCUUUCGCUCCCUACCCGGGAUCCGCGACCUCACCGGGCUUCAAUUCUCACCUCCCGUACGGCGGGGAGCCCAGGGCCGCAGCGACUCUCAGCUCAUUUGUGAGCCCUGGUUAUGACCCUUCCUCCAGCAUCACCGGGUCCCUGGACUACCACCCUUUCGGAGCCCUGGGGCCCUAUCCGUACGGAGACCCCACCUACAGGAAAAAUGCCACCAGGGACGCCACGGCCACGCUGAAAGCCUGGCUGAACGAGCACCGCAAGAACCCCUACCCCACCAAGGGAGAGAAGAUCAUGCUGGCCAUCAUCACCAAGAUGACCCUGACCCAGGUGUCCACCUGGUUCGCCAACGCCCGCCGGAGGCUGAAGAAAGAAAACAAGAUGACCUGGACGCCCAGGAACAGGAGCGAGGAUGAGGAAGAAGAGGACAACAUCGACCUGGAGAGGAACGAUGACGACGAGGAGCCGCUGAAGCCGAAUAAUGACACAGAGUCAAAGAAUGAAUCUGCUGGGCAGCAUCCAGCCUCAGUGGGAAAUUGCGGAAUAAUAUACAGAGAGGACACCGGCAGCAGCAGCGACACAGACCGAGGCUUAAGCAAUUCGGAUUUUAAAGACCCUGGGGACAGGAGGAUGCCCCACAUCCCGGACCCAAACGCCACAGGGGCCCCUCACCAAAAGGCGCCACUCGGGACGCACAGAGGUUCAGAGUCAGAGUGCACAGCGAGCCCAGCGUCCAAGGAGCGCAACAGUGAUUCCAGCAACGCCAUUCAUGUGCAAAACCCGGCCCCCAAACCCAAACUGUGGUCCCUCGCUGAGAUUGCCACUUCAUCGGACAAAUGCAAAGGAUCUAGUGACUCCUCGCAGGGUGUAGGGGCGGGACAGCAGAUCCCAGCCCACGCGACAUCCACAUCCCGGACCCAGUUCCCUCACAGCACAGCGCUGUCCAGACACCUUUACUACAGCUCCCCCUUCAUCCCCGGUUACUCUAACUAUGGCACUUUGGGACCCCUGCACGGCACCCCCGGCUCAAACUUGGCCUCCGCAACGCAUUUAAACGGAUUACAUCAGACUAUGCUGCAGAGAGCUGAGGCCAUGGCCAGGGACAGUAAACUACGAAGCCAGAGCCAGUUAGAUAUUUGUAAAGACUUAACACACCACGAACUGAAGAAAGGCAUGACGAAUGUGUAGGCUUGUGGGGAUGUUUGAACGGGAGCGGACGUGUAUUUAUUGGGACCGUACAGUAUUUGUGGGAUGCCUUUCUGAAAUGGAUAUCAAAGAAACCUUCUCAGAAAGGACAAAGCCCCGUCAGAGGCUACAGACUACUGUUUAGUAACACAAAUAUUCAAUUUUAGACUGCAUUUUUCUAUGUUGAUAAAGAUGUAAUC